AUGGACCGGGCUUCGUGGAUUUCGUCGCGGCCAUUGGCCCUGGUUAUUCUCUGGUUUCUUUUCACCUGCACGGUCAACGCGAUCCAUAUUCCUUCGAAUGUUAAAUCCUUAAACUCUUCCGGAUCCCAGUUCCAGAAGAGAGACGACAAGGUCAAGCUUCGCAUCUUGCCCCUCGGUGCCUCGCUCACCUGGGGAUAUCUCUCCGACACGGGCAAUGGAUACCGCAAGCCCCUCCGGGAUCAGCUGCGGUACGAUGGGUAUGAGGUCGAUAUGGUUGGAAGCAAGAACAAUGGCAACAUGAAAGACAAUGACGUCGAAGCACACACGGGCGAUGUUAUCACUAAAAUCCAAGAAGCCGGCCAGAACUCGCUUUCCUACAAACCGAAUGUGGUUCUGAUCAACGCGGGCACGAACGACUGCCGCAAGAAUGACGUUAAAGGCGUCGGGGAUCGUAUACAUGAUUUGAUCAAGAGUCUGCGGAAGGGGGACGACAUGAAAGAUGCCCUAAUCGUGAUGUCCACUCUGCUGCCAUCCAACGACAAGGACACGGCCAAGAACCAGCCCGAGGCCAACAGACAGUACCGGAAACUGGUCAAGGAUUUGAGCGAUGACGGCGAGAAUAUCCUCCUAGCUGACAUGGAUCCCGAAUCGCCCGAUCCCGGCCACAACUGGAUCAAAUACCCCAACGACUACAAACACUCCGAUGGCACGACCGACGAUACCCACCCGAAUGACUACGGGUACAGCAAGAUGGCGGCCGUGUGGUACAAGACGAUCAAGAAAGCGGUUUCCAAGGACAUGAUCAAGGACCCGGUGGAAACGAAGGGCGGCGGGUCCUGCGAGAAGGACUAUGGCAGUGGAUCCUCGGCGGGAGGACUCACACAGGAUGGCAGCGGCGACGACGACGGCACAUACUACCACGACUCGGAGAGCAGACGCACCAUUCUGGAAGUGGACAGUCCCGCGUCGAAGGACUUCAUCUUCGCUCGGCUCUUCAGCCGUGACCGCGAUGAUCUCUUGAACUGGGAGGAGAAAGAGGACAAUAUCAUUUUCCAUGUGUGGAAGAAUACCGGCGACGGCGAGAAGCCGUACAAGAGCAUCGACCACGCCGCGGUCAAUAUCUUCUGCAACCCUGCCGGCGUCCGCUUCGUCGAUGUCAAUGGAGAUGGUCUGGACGAUUAUGUGUGCCUUGGCAAGGAGGGCAACGCCUACGUUGAUAUCAACCAGGGCGAUGGGAAGGGCGAUUCGCCCCCGUCGUUCAAAGAGAUCGGCAAAAUCAAGGAUUCUGAGUACUCUCAGAACAAGGUCCGGUUGGCAGAUAUGGACGGCGACGGCCGUGUGGACUACUGUGGGGUCGAGGGCGACGGCGACAUCUAUUGCUGGCGCAAUGGCGGGACCGGGGAUAAACCAGAAUACUGGCAGAGUCUGGGAAAGGUGUUCAAUGGCGAAGAUAUGGGUGACAUCAACGGGGUUCGCUUUGAGGAUCUUAACGGCGAUGGGCGAGAUGACUGGCUCUGGCUAGAUGACGAGGGCGAAACGACUACCUGGACCAAUUCCCGCAGUUGUAACAAAACCGAUGAAGGCGACAACUUCAAUAUUAUCUGGCGCCGGGGCUACCAAGAUGGCCAAGACUCAGGCCCGACUCACAAUGGAGUCGGGGAAAAAGAUGGUGAGCGGAGCGAAGUCCAUUUUGCUCGGGUUUAUGGAGAACCACAAAACUUUGGGCUUCUGGGACGCCAGGAUUACGUCUGGAUUGAGAAUACCGAUGACGGAGUGUCUGUGCAUGUGUGGAAGAGCAAGGGCUAUGGGGCUGCGAAGAUCAAAGGUACGUCGGACAUGGAUAUGUAUCUCUCCAAGCAACCCGGUGCCUUCCUUGCUGAUUUUCUCUCUGUGUACUGUUCAGCCGAUGGAAACAGGUACUGCAACAUGAUGGGCCACACCAAUGGCUUGAUGGACUAUGUCUGGAUUCGCUCCAGGGGCGAGAUGCGCCUCUACCCGAACAAGGGCGAAACCAAAGUGUCCAAGGGCGAUAGCUUCUGGGGCCCCAACAAGAUCAUCUGGGAUCCGCUCAACGAGGCGAUUCACAAAAAGCUGGACCGACGGGACCUGCACCUGGUGGAUUGGGACGGCGACGGAGCAUGCGACAUUAUCUGGACAGAUCCAGAUGACAAGAACCGAGUGAAGCUGUGGCGGAACAAAAUCAAAACGGCCAAAGCCGACGACGAUUUCAAGUGGGAGUACGACGACAACCCGGCGUCAGAUCUCUCCUGCGACGAGAAGAGAGGUGUAGAUCCUUUCGACACGCCCGUGCGGUUUGCCGACAUCACCGGCAACGGAAAGGGCGACUAUCUGUGCAUGGCGAAGGACGGAAGCACCUCGGGAUACGUGCACAAAGACGACGACUCGUGGGAGCAUGUCACGCAGUUCAAGUAUUCGGAGGACAAGGACCGCGCAAACCUGCAGUGGGCUGACGUCAAUGGCGACGGCAAGGCUGACUUGGUCCACACGGACAAGUUCAACGGCGAUGGCAGCAUAUGGUACAAUAAGGGCGCCAAGGAGGUCAAGGGCUCCAGCUAUGAAUGGGACGGGGUCGGUGUCAAGUUCCAAGGCGCCUCCGCUGGUUCUUGCACUUACUUCCCUGACCUGGACGGCGACGGCCGUGCCGACAUGCAUUCCAUCAAACACUCGCUGGAUAACACCGCCGAGACGUGGUUCAACACGUGCAAGCAUUCCAAUCGCAAGGGCGACGAUGGGUCUAUCAAGGACCCGAAAUUGCCCGUCAUGCCAACAUAG